AUAUAUAUAGUUAUGCAACAGACCUCCACGUGUACGCUGAGUCAGAGGAUCAAAGUACACGUUCGACCAUCCAUAUCACCAAUCACGCCACCACAGCCAAGUCAGCAUAAUUGGAGAAGCCGGACCACGCCAGACAGAAGUUGCAAGUUCAACAGAAUUAGGUUUUAAAUAAGGGCCGUAACCAAAUUAGCCAGUUCAGUUAUUAUUAUGAUCCCAAAAGUGUAACAUUAGUGUUUAAGCGAAGAAAUAAAGUUUUUUUAUGACCUACCUUCCGUAAGUCUUAUUAUUGGCGCAGCCGUACGGAAACCGGCUGAAGUGAGUGUUAGUGACAAAAAGUGGUAGCUAAGAAAAACCAACUUAGCAAAGUGAUUCCGCCGAAAGAGGCGUCUAAGGCAAACAGACAGAGUGAUUUAAACGACGUCGCCGAAGAUUCGAGGAUCCCCCCGCUAACAUCACCUGGAGCACCAGCAGCGUUUGGCCGGGACUACGCACACGACUCAAAACAACUAAAACAAUACACAAGAAGAUGAUCCAGCAAACGAAGAGGAGGAAGAACCAAACGAAGGAGGACGAACACCAAGUGAAGCAAAUCAGCAACCAACCGAAGGACACGAAUCAGAUGACGACACCGUCCAUUCAGCCGAGUCUUCGGACGACUACUACAUACAUUGCGUGGAGAGGCCAAUUAAUUACUACCGCAACCAGAUUAUUUUCAGGCUUACACGGAUUAACACAGACAUUUCAGAAAACCCCUUUCCCAAUUUUCAGCGCACAAUAAUCUGUCGAGACAAGUUUGACGAAGACAUCAUAACUGACAAACUAAAAAGACUUCACAACAACAAACAGACUGCAAUCAUGGCACCAGAAGAACUUAUUCCAAUCAUCCAAGAAGUUUAUAGAAAACAUUUUAACCAAAAAGGACACUUCGUACUAACCCAAUUACAAGUAGAGGACGUGACACAUGAACAAAGACAAGACAUCAUUAUAAACAAGGAACAUAACCGAGCACAUCGUGGGGUUACAGAAGUGGAAAGCCAGUUGAAGCGAUGUUACUUCUUCCCUAAAAUGUUGUCGAAAAUUAAAACAGUAAAUUAGACGUGCAGAAUGUGUAACAUGCACAAAUAUGAGAGGAAGCCGUACAAUAUAAAACUAUCUCCCAGACCUACAACUGACAAACUAUUUGACCGCGUCCACAUGGACAUUUUUCAAAUCAACAAACAUAACUUUUUAUCUUUGGUUGACUCAUUUUCGAAACACGCACAAAUGAUCUUCAUGAAAACCAAAAAUUUGACGGACGUAAAAAACGCUUUGGCACUGUACUUUAGCACGUACGGUACACCAAGGAAGAUCAUAACAGACCAUGAAACGACGUUCAUGUCGUUACAAUUGAAAAAUUAUUUGGAUACCCUAAACGUUGAAUUAGCCUACGCAUCCUGUUCCGAAUCAAAUGGGCAAGUAGAGAAGACUCAUUCAACGAUAAUCGAAAUUAUUAACACAAACAAAUACAAAUUCCCAAAUUUAGAUACUCCCGCUCUAAUUUGUUUAGCAAUAUCUCUUUAUAACACAACAGUGCAUUCUGCUACCAAUUUUUCCCCGAAUGAAAUAAUUUUCAAUAACAAUAACAUCAUAAACCCAAAUGAAAUUAAAGAAAAUACGAAACAAUUGUAUAAAAAAGUAAAAGCAAAUAUCGACAAAGCUAAGGUCAGUCAGGAAAAACAAAAUAAAAAUAAAGAGGAACCUCCCCAUUUAAACGACAAUCAAGAAGUAUUUUUAAUUCCAAACAUUAGGAAAAAACUUGAUCCAAGAGCAAAACCCACAAACGCCAGGGAAAUAACAGAAAAAACAUUCAAAAACAAUAAAAGAGUCAAACGACACAAAAAUAAAAUUAAAAGGCUACAGAAAAUACAAAUUUAACACCAAUACUAACGGAAACAUUUUCUUCUAAUUACAGAUGCACUCACUGAUAAAAUUUUUUGUCUCCAUAACGCUUGUAAUGUUCACACAAUCAGAGCUAUUAGAAAUACGCGAUUUAAUGAAUGAUCCGAUAUUAUUGUUAAAAAUAAACGAUUGUAAAUUACGAACAGGUUCUAUCAAGAUAAUACAUCCCAUUAAUAUUACAAAUCUCGAAAAUAAUGUCCACCUAUUUUCUAAACUGGCUAGACAGAUAGACAGAGAUAUUCCGAUAUCAAAUCUCAUACUCCAAAAAAGUAAAGAACUUGUCAACAACCUGUACCAGCUGAAGCUGAUGAAACCCAGAAGAACCAGACGAUGGGACACAUUAGGAGCCGCCUGGAAGUGGAUCGCCGGAUCUCCCGACGCCGACGACUUGAGGAUUAUCAAUACCACGCUGAACAAUCUAAUUACUCAAAACAACCAACAAACAAUAGUCAACAAUAUUAUCAACAACAGAAUCAACGAAAUUAUGACAACAGUUAACCGACUCGUCGAACAACAAUCAACGGAAAACAAGAUUCUACUUGAAGAAAUGGACGCAGUAAUGCUUCUCCUCUACAUGGACACAACGAAUACCAUUUUAGAAGAUUUGGAAGAUACAAUCCUUAGAACCCGGAUAGAACUAGCAAACAGUAAGUUGCUCUCACUCAAAGAAAUUCUCACUAUAGAAACGCUACUCAACGAACAAGGAAUAGAAACACAAUUCCCUGAGGAAGCCCUCAAUUAUGCCCAACCCAAAAUAGCAACAAGGGGUGACCUCCUAUUAUACAUCCUGCAAGUUCCAAAAGUCAAAGGAAACUGCGAUGUUAUUCAAAUCAUCCCAUUAACUGUCCAAAACACAGUGAUUACAGAUCUCCCUCAUUCGGAGCGGGAACGAUCUCUUCAAAACUACAAAUCCAAGCAGCAUAAUUCAACAAGAUACAUUCCUAGAACCAUUAAGAGACAACUGCUCGGCUCACAUUAUUUUAGGAAAGGAAAGCCACUGCACAGCAACGUUUGAUAACAGUACCAGAAUCACAUUGAUAGCAAUCAAUAAGAUAUUGGUCAAUAAUGCGAAGGGGUCGCUCAUGAAAUCAAAUUGCGGACCGCACAACCGUACACUUGACGGAAAUUUUUUAAUAUCUUUCAACAAUUGUAGCGUACAAAUCGAUAAACGGACCUUCACAUCAGAUGAAUUGGUUAGUAACACAAAGGAACUCCAGGGAGCUUUCCCAAGCUUAGCCAUAAAUUGGAACAUUUUACAACAACACGACAUCCCGAGCAUUCACAAUCAAACCAUACACAAUAGAAUGAGUCUGGAACACGUCGCGUUGAAACAAUUCGAGCACAAGAACCUGCUAUUUGCCGUAUUCGGAGGCCUAUCAACGUCAAUGAUCAUUCUAAUCGUCAUAACAGCGACUUGCGUUUUUAGGAAGCGAGUAGUCAUUAAGAUUGGAAAACGAGAAUCAUCAGAUUGAGUAGAAGUUCGAGGACGCCCUUCAUUCUACCCCCGGAGGAGUUAUGCAACAGACCUCCACGUGUACGCUGAGUCAGAGGAUCAAAGUACACGUUCGACCAUCCAUAUCACCAAUCACGCCACCACAGCCAAGUCAGCAUAAUUGGAGAAGCCGGACCACGCCAGACAGAAGUUGCAAGUUCAACAGAAUUAGGUUUUAAAUAAGGGCCGUAACCAAAUUAGCCAGUUCAGU